GCGACGCUCUUUGGAUAUGCUUGGCUGUUAUGAGCUUUUCGCAAAAUGGUUCGGCAGAUUUGAUUUCAAAAGUCACGCUUUCAGUUAUUUAAAAGUUAUUUUGAUUUAAUAAAUUUUAUUAGAAAAAUGUCUGCAUCGCUGAACGGAAUUGUGAGCGGAAAAUCGAAUACCUGAAUUUUAAAAAAAUCAUGCAAUUUUCUGGAGGAGGAAAAAAGUCCUCAAUCCUGAAUUUGAAAGAUUGCUCAUCUACAACUUGAAAGUUGACACUGAUGGGCUCAGCUCCAUACUCACAAAGCAAAUGAAAGCUAUCCGCUCAAAGGAAUGACGAAUAGUAUUCAAGUUUUUUUAUUAGUUGCCUUGCUCUUCAGCUCAAAGCUCUCCAAUGGAUUGGCCUAUUAUACUGAUCACAAAUUUUCCCUUGCACGAAACGCUCGAAAUGAAAUGCAGAAAGACGAUGCAAAAGUCGCAAUUCCAGAAUUUCGAGAGACCAGGGUAAGAGCAGAAUAUUAUGAGCUUACGAAAGAAAAAGUCGCUCAGUUGCCCCAAGAAAACUAUGUGAAAGGAAAUCAAGUCUACCCAUCAAAGAAGAACCGAGAUGCUUUUGGCCUUAAUUCUUUUCGAAAUCACAAGAAAAAGAAGGAUUUUGGAUGCCCCUGCAGCAAUCCCCACGAACCACCUAAUGAAGCUUGCUGUCGAAAAGUUGUUCCUCCUAUCAUGGGCGAAUGGCCGAACACUUUGGAUGAAGAUUAUAUGGAUGAUGAGAUUAUGAAUGAUGUUCCUGUACAUCCGGUUCCGUCACAGAAUGACUUACUUUGCCAAAGAAGCUCUAAAGAAUAUGGCAGAGCUCCAAGACCCAGAAGGCCAAAAGGCAAACUAAGCGUUUUAGUAAUCGGAGACGAAACAAUGGAUUUCUUAAGUGGCACAAUAUACAGAGGAAAAUGUAAAGUAAGCACAGAAUCCUAUCCCGGAUUGACAGUCACAGAUGCUCGUCAACGAAUGUGGGAUGUUUUGAAAAAGUGGGAUAUAAAGCCAGACAAGAUGAUCAUCCACGCUGGAGCCAACGAUAUCAUCGACGAACUUCCAUCGGUUACAAAUCUCGUUAUAGGCAAAUUGAAAAGCUUAGUGGAUGAAAUGAGGAUUUCUCAAGAAGCUGGAACUGCAGCCAAGUCAUAUGCGCUAUCUGGUAUCAUACCAAAAAAUGAUCCAUUGAUGACAUUUAAUAAUAAGGUGAACCUCAUUAAUUCGAAUGUCGGCUGGUACGCUCAGAAAAAUGGCAUUGAGUAUAUUGACCAUUCUCACGUUUUUUGGCAUAAUGGAGCUUUAAGUAAAGAUUUAUACCAUUUCGACGGAACAUUGAACGAGGACGGUUUGCGGAAAGUUGAAGAAUCGCUUUUCGAUGACGGUUGGUGCCGAAGAAAUGAUGACGAUUACCACGACCAGGCCUGGCAACUGAGGCAAAAAUUGAGGAUGCGCAAACGACCGUCUUUGGAACUGAAAGACAUUCUACCGAUGGAAAGAAAAGUCUACGACAAGCAUUUACCUCCAAAGAAAGAUGGGCAACCAACAAAGGUGCAUUUUCAUGUGACGGUUUUAAGCGUAGAUUCAAUCGACGAAGAAUCGAUGACCUAUGUUGCUGAUAUAUUUUUGGCUCAAAGCUGGCAAGAUUAUCGUUUACGAUUGCCAGAAAAUAUGACCGAAGGCUAUCGAAUACUCGACGUUGGAUGGCUUCAGUACAUAUGGAGACCAGAUUCCUUUUUUAAGAAUGCUAAAAAGGUCACCUUUCACGAUAUGAGUGUGCCAAACCACUACCUUUGGCUGUAUUAUGACAAGACUCUCUUGUAUAUGGCAAAGUUAACUUUGGAGCUGUCCUGUGCCAUGAAAUUCGAAGCCUAUCCUCAUGACACCCAGAACUGUUCAAUGAUGAUCGAAAGCCUGUCCCAUACUACUGAUGAUCUUAUUUUCUUGUGGAAUAUAUCAGCACCUUUAGUUGUUAGUGAAGAUGUAGAACUGCCUCAACUAGAUAUUGUCGAAAGUUUAACUGAAGAUUGUACAUUGGAAUAUUCAACGGGUAACUUUACAUGUCUUGCUGUUGUUUUCAAUCUAAAGAGACGUCUUGGUUAUCAUCUAUUUCACACAUACGUUCCAACCACGCUCAUUGUCGUGAUGUCCUGGAUCUCUUUCUGGAUUAGACCAGAGGCUAUCCCAGCCAGAGUGACUCUUGGUGUGACCAGUCUUCUCACCUUGGCCACUCAGAACACCCAAUCGCAAUCGUCACUCCCUCCCGUUUCCUAUGUAAAAGCGAUAGAUGUCUGGAUGUCCUCUUGCACCGUAUUUGUUUUUAUGUCUCUCAUGGAGUUUGCAGUCGUCAACCAUUACAUGGGCUACACUGGAAGCAGUAAGCUUAUGAGGGGAUACUCUGUCGAUGAACUUGAUAAGCUACUGCUUCAGCGAAAGAAUGGCAUCACUUUUCGAGGCAACAGUUUCAGCUCACCUCCCAGAACUCCCAACACUUGUUGUGACUUAGACGUAGCAUUGGCAAUUGACAGAUUUUCCAGAUUUUUCUUUCCUUUCUCUUUCUUCAUUCUCAAUCUUAUCUACUGGUGCGCGUAUGCCUUCACGUGGUCUUAAAUCUAUGUGCAAGAGGAUAUUUUACAACGGGAAACACACGGAUUGAAGAGAAACAUUAGUUAAUUAUUUAAAUAAGACUUUGAUACUGAAAUAAUUCAGAUGUUUUAAGAAUAGUCUUGAAUUUCAACAAAUGUAACAUACUGAACCACCAAUGAAAUGUUGCCAAUAAAGAUUUA